GCUGAGCGACCUAGCGCACGGCGGGAGGGCGAGCCCGAGGAAGGCGAGCCUCGCUGUUCCUCCGGGAGCCCAACACCGUUCCCGCGCCGCCACGAUGAUCCCUCCGAGCGGCGCCCGCGAGGACGGCGUGGACGGGCUGCCCAAGGAGGCGGCGAGCGCCGAGCAGCCGCCCUCUCCUGCAUCCACCAGCAGCCAGGAAUCCAAGCUCCAGAAACUAAAACGAUCACUUUCUUUCAAGACCAAGAGUUUACGGAGCAAGAGUGCUGACAACUUCUUCCAGCGAACCAGCAGCGACGUGAAGCUGCAGCCGGACAUGCUGGCUGAGGUCAGCCCCAGCUCCAGCCCACUCCCUGCUCCCGGAAGCCUGACGUCCACGCCCACCAGGGCUGGCCUGCACCCAGGCGGCGGCGGCAAGGCCCAUGCCUUUCAGGAACACAUCUUCAAGAAGCCCACCUUCUGUGAUGUCUGCAACCACAUGAUCGUGGGAACAAACGCUAAGCAUGGACUGCGCUGCAAGGCCUGUAAGAUGAGCAUCCACCACAAGUGCAUGGAUGGCCUGGCAUCCCAGCGGUGCAUGGGCAAGCUGCCAAAAGGGUUUCGGCGUUACUACAGCUCCCCCUUGCUCAUUCAUGAACAGUUUGGAUGCAUUAAAGAAGUUAUGCCCAUUGCCUGUGGCAAUAAGGUGGACCCUGUCUACGAGACCCUCCGCUUCGGCACCUCCCUGGCCCAGAGAACAAAGAAGGGCAGCUCCGGCAGUGGCUCCGACUCGCCUCACAGAACCUCUACUUCAGAUCUUGUGGAGGUUCCAGAAGAAGCUGACGGAGGGUAUGAUCUACGGAAACGCAGCAACAGUGUGUUUACGUAUCCAGAAAAUGGCACUGACGAUUUUGGAGACCAAGCAAAGAACAUAAGCCAUCAGGGACCUCUUUGCAAAGACCCAUUACAGACGAACACCUAUGUUGCCUUGUACAAAUUUGUACCACAGGAGAAUGAAGAUUUGGAAAUGAGGCCAGGAGACAUGAUUACUCUUCUAGAAGACUCCAAUGAAGACUGGUGGAAAGGGAAAAUUCGAGACAGGAUUGGCUUCUUUCCAGCCAACUUUGUUCAGAGAGUACAACAAAAUGAGAAGAUUUUUAGAUGUGUUAGAACCUUCAUUGGGUGUAAGGAACAGGGGCAGAUAACACUGAAAGAGAAUCAGAUCUGCGUGACUUCUGAAGAAGAACAAGACGGCUUUAUCAGAGUCCUCAGUGGAAAGAAGAGAGGCCUCGUCCCCCUCGAUGUCCUAGAAAACAUCUGAUUGCUGGCCGCUCCUCCCUUUGCAGUGGGCAAGCUCUGCUGCGGUGCCUCAUCUCACACUGUGUCAACCCAGAGGAGCUGCUGCACUCACCCGGCCACCCAGGAAACAGUAGGACAAGACUCAAGGAUCUGAGACUGUGGACGAACAGCCACAAGACAGAGGGCCCAUCGCACAGCAUAUCCAGGCUGCCCGAGGUGGGGAUGAAGCUGAGAGAGUCGGCUGCAGAGCGGAGUGCCGUACCUGGCAGCGGAAGCAGGGCAGUAACCACAGCUGUCCUCCACGACUCAACUCCCUCCCUGUACGCAGGGUGUAAGUUAUCCCACUGGAGUGAGCUCCAGUUCGCAGUGUGGCCCCAGUGCGAGGCUCAGAUCCGUGCAGCCAAAUGUGAUUCUGCUUCCAGACCUUUGUCCCCAGUACUGACCAAUCAGUGUCAUCAUAUCUGACACCCUAAACAGUCUCACUGCAGAGCAUCAGGAUGUCCUGCUUCCUAGCCCCCAACAUUCCAGUGCACCCCUCAGGCCCCCUCACUUUGCGACUGUGCUCUCUUCUGUCCUCUGAGUAAGUCCUGGUAGUGUGCAUUAGAGGUGAGGGCUAAGGUGACAUGGCACCAACAGAAAGACCUGAUCUGCCCCAAAGAUGGCUGACAGGCAGUCCCUCCUGCUACUCUAGUUACCUACAGAGGUGACAGGCGGGAAACAAGGCAUUGAUACAAAGGGCCAAGUGGGGUUAAGGUGGGACAAAGAGCCCUUAUGUAUCAAAGGUUAUACAGCCCCUUCAGUCAUGAAGUCCUUUCCCCAAGGAGAUGGAGCUGGGGAAGAGAAUGUGGCAAAAAGUCUCGAAGAUGAGCUCUAUUUUCAUGUUACAUCCUCGAUACUGUGGGACAGCAUUUUUCUCUCAUGCCAUCCUGUAGGACUCCCUUUUGGAAGUUGAACCCACCUCACAGGGAACCAGAAACAUGGAGGAGAACAAAAAACAGCAUCUUAGGAGAAAAGUAGCCAAAUUGGAAUCCAUUCUUCUUAGGGCAGUAUAUUAUACCCUAGCAGAUAUAAAAGGGAAAAGAAUCCUUAAUGCUUCAUCCCUCUGAAACAGAAGAACUUAGGGCUUAUUUAGCAUCAACUAGGGGAAUCUCUAUUACUCUGUACUUAUACUAAUGUUUACAAGAAUGCGAUAUACUGUGAUGCCUUCCUCCUCAAGCCUCCUAGCAUUCAAACUUGCUUCUUAUUAGUCAUUAAUACAGGUAAACUCCAAUUCACAAUGACCUUGGAAUCAGUGACAGUUUGGUUUAUUUUGUUACAGAGCAAUAAAAUCAAUAGAACAAUUGGUUUUUAAAAGACUUAAGUGGAUGCAUCUGUGCAUGUAAGCAUAUUGCCCAAACCAAAGCAUCAUUAGUCGUCAUUUAUUUCUUUUGUUACUGCUCAGCGUGAAGUUGGGAGCUGAGAUGGGUUGGCUGCUGGUUUCACAGUAGUUUGGAUGCCUUAUUCUCAUUUGAAAGCCAGCAUCCAGAAUUUCCUCCCUCUCUGAUACAACAUGCAAAACUGAAUGUACAGAGUCAAGAUGGAUUCUUUGAGAGCCAGGGUGGAAAAUAUGACUGCUACUCUAUAAAAUGUAAUGCCAGAGUACCAACCUCUUUGCCUCUAAUUCAAUAUUCCAUUUAAUAAAGACAGCACAGUGGCUGGAAGAAGCAUAGAAAACAUGUCUGGAUCUCUUCUUUCUGGUGGAAUAUCCACUGAAGCUUUUGGGUACAGUGGUGUCACAUCCUAUGCAAAUUUAAUUUGCAUUAAAAAAUCAGUUUGCCUUUUGAAGUUGAACAGGAGCCAGCCUCCAAUUUGGUCCUUCAAUGAACCCUGCCUCCUAAUGUUCUUGCCUUUGUGUAGCU